UUGUGUACAGUUGUAAGCUUUCUUUGGUUUCAUCGACGAAAACCAGUGCACUGCUUCCGUUUUGGUUUCACUGACGGACUCUUCAAUCUGUCUCUCUCCUUUGUCUUUCCUCUAUAAAACCCAGCUCAGAUUCAGCAAUUCUUUCACUGCAACGCCAACAACCCAAUGGCUUCUUCCUCAUUCUCCACGGCUGCAGCUGCUACGGCGUCCGGUGUGACCAAUAGCACCCCUAGUUUGCCUCAUUUAUUAUGUAACACCAGGAACAACAACGUUCACUCUUUCUUUCUCUCAAGAGUCUCCUUCCGGGUCUCUCCCAAACCCAAGCUCAGAUUUUUCACCAAGCCUAGUUGGAAGCGUCCUACAGUGGCGAAGGCCCAAUUGAAUGAGGUUGCUAUGGGUGGGCCAUCAAAUGAUGCGGCUACCCCUCAAUCUAAAUCGGACACACCAGCAGUUGGAGCAAAGGAUUCUAUGCCAUCAGAUGAGUCUUCUGCUCCAGUCUUGGCUACAGACGAAGCAAUCUCUGAGUUUUUUUCUCAAGUUGCUAGUCUCGUAAAGCUAGUUGAUUCGAGAGAUAUUGUGGAGUUGCAGUUGAAACAACUUGAUUGUGAAGUACUAAUUCGAAAAAAGGAGGCCUUGCGUCAACCACCAGCAGCGGCUCCAGUUGCUACGAUGCAUUCAUUUCCUCCAUCAAUGGCAAUGCCAGCAGCCCCUCCUCCAGCUGUCCCUGCGCUUCCUGUCCCAGUACCCUCUGCCCCAGAAGCAUCACCUACUCCACCAGCAGCCAAACCAUCAAAGUCAUCAACACCACCACUCAAAUGCCCUAUGGCAGGCACAUUCUAUAGAAGUCCAGCACCUGGUGAACCACCAUUUGUGAAGGUUGGAGAUAAAGUACAGAAGGGACAGGUUGUAUGCAUCAUUGAGGCCAUGAAAUUGAUGAAUGAAAUAGAAGCUGAUCGAUCUGGAACCAUAACUGAGAUCCUUGCCGAAGAUGGGAAGCCAAUCAGUGUUGACUUGCCUCUUUUUGUGAUCGAACCCUAGAGCUUGACUGCGAAGUAGUCAAGUAAUGGGGUUCAGUAGUAGUACUGAGUAAACAUCAAGAUUCAGGAGCAGGAGCGCGGGAGCAGUUCUUUGUAGCAUUGUGAGAUGGAGUGUUUGCGGUGUCAUGGAAGAAUAUGUUUUGAUAUGAGUGAGUUGAGUACUUAGUAGAGAUGUCAAUGAGUGAUUAUUGACGAGUUUUUUGUUUUUUACAUUAUUACUUCAGCCUAAAACUUACACUGUGUCUUUAAUGUUGGGUUUCUAAUUUAGGUGGUUGAUGAAGGGACAAACUUUGAUUAUGUUUUUACAACAACGACUCAAUUAGUAGUGGAUUGUAGUGGGUGUUUUCUCAA